UAGGAAGCACAUUGCAUGUGGAAUGAAAUUGAUAGAAAAUUUGUUUUUGGAAAUAAACAUAAAGAAAGACAAGUAUAACUUAGUUUGCUACUGUGCAAGUAUACAUUAAAAGUGCAAGAACUGUUUUUUUUCUAUUGUAUAUAAUCGCUUGAUAUACGCGUGACGAAUGCUCCAGGUCGAGUUCAUGUCCACAAAUUACCGGAAUUAUUUUCCUGAAUUUCUUUUUAUAUAAUAGAACUAAAUUUUUGAAGCAGCAUAAUCAAAUGGUUGUGUGACAGGUUGCUAACGGGUCAAAAAUCGUCCCGGAGAUCGUCGAACAAAACGGAAUUCGCAUCCGUUUGACGAUACAAUUUCCAAACGGAUCGGUCCCUUCGUAAUGCAACCAGCUGCUCCAACAUUAUCAACACAAGCCGAUAUUGCUAAAACCAUGCAGCCUCAAAAUAUGAUUUUACCGACCAAUAAAAAGACUAAAAAGUACGCUUCGCAAGUGCCGCCCACGAAGCAGCAGCAGCCCCUGCCACAGCACAGCACAACCCAGCCGCAGUUUCAGAUUAACAAAGCAUACAACGUAGUUUCCAUACUGAAAACAACCUCAACGACGAAUGGUCAGCAGCAGCAGUCGACACACAUGAGCACACACACACACCAGCCGCAGUCGCAUCAUUUGCAACAGACACAGCAGACACAGCAGCAGCAGCAGCAGCAGCAGCAACAACAGAGUUAUGCGAAUGUGGUCAACCGAGCUAACAUUGCGCCGGCAAUCUCAGCUGGUGGAGCCCAGCUUGAGAGGUCGACGGUCAUCUGCAGCGGCGGCAACCUUAUGACCGUCAACAACUGUCAGUUGAAUACUGCAGAGCUGAAUGCAUCUGCCAUCUAUAAUCUAACUGGCCACAGGCCGCAAUUGGCGGCCGCCAAUAGUGGAGUCAUAGAGCCCAAUUGUCGUUUCGUGGGCAGCGUUUCGGCGGUAUCGGAUAUGCCCAAAGGGCCAGCAAAUGUUGCAACCACAAAUAACAGCAUACAACAUACAACUGGUGGCGGCGGCGGAGCCAGCGGCAGCAGCAAUAACAGCGGCAACGGCAGCAAUCAGAGCCUCAUCGCGUUGACCAACUCGCAUGGCAUUCAACUUGGCGCCUCCAAUGGACCUUAUGCUAUGCACGAGAAAAGCCUGUUGGGCGUUGGGGUUAGCGUCGGCGUUAGUUGUAUCGAUAAUAGGAAAUACGACUAUAAAAAUAAUAAUCUGCUGUCGAACAGCAGCUUCCAACCAGCCCAAGAGUAUGUGUCAUCUGGAAACAACAGUUCUGGAAACAACCGUUCUAAUCAACAAAGUGGAAUUUUUCGUGGACCGCCGCCUACGUCAAAUACACCGCGCGGUGCCGGCGCAGGCGGAGCCCGCCACGUACACAUGCCAACGAUGUAUCCAAGCAUGAUGUUGCAACAGUACCCACAAUUUCCACAGCGACAACCAACUUAUCAAACGCCUCAUAUACAAUAUGCGCCCGCUCCCAUUUCCUACUAUCCCUAUCAAUAUCUUCCUCAACUUCAGCAACAGCCGCCCCAUACGCGCAGCGGUGUGAGCGUUAAUACUAGCGUUAACAUUGGCAACACGAUGCCCGGCCCCAACGGACCGCUGGCUGGUCCAGGGGCUUCUCCCACCCAAUUGCAGCUGCUAACCGGCGCCGUACAGCCGGGCGGUAACACAGUUAUCGGUGUCAGUGGCACCGGGAGCGGGCAAGUUGGUGUGGGUGUGCCGCCAAUGGUCAGCGUUAUGCCAGCGAACGUGGCACCACAGCCGGUUCAGGUGCCGACAACGAGUAGACGUCGACAUCAGCACCGUUUACAGAUCAUCGAUCCGGCAACACAAAAGAAUAUACUGGAUGAUCUGGAUAAGAGUAAUGCGAGUACGGACAUCGAUAGCCAGGAGCCAGGGCCAGGGCCAGCUGCGACAGCAGCAACGACAGCAGCCAUCGUUCAGCCAGAUGUUCCGAUGUGCUUUUCCCAGCCAGACGCUGGUGGUAUGUGUCUAUCCAGUAGUGUGUCAGUCCCUGACCCAAGGGCCCACUACAAAUUAGAACAAAUUAUCGCUCAGCGCCAGGAUAUUAUCAUGGGACAGACCCCGGUGGUAUCAGCGAUGUCCGAUGCUCCAUCUGUAGAAAUAUUACCAACUUCCCAGAAGUACAAGAAUAAAAAAAUUUCUAUAGUGUCUCCGAAAGAUGGGUCUGAGUCGUCGUCUACGGCUUAUUCAUCUCCCUGUCUUGAUACUCCAACAAAAUUAGUCCCAAGGACUGCAGUCGGCGACAUUCAAAAGAAGCUCCACGAAAUGCAUCAAGAAGUGCUUGAAAAAAGUAAUCGAUACUGGACGCAAAAGGGAAAAGAAACUACGGAGAAAAUCGACACAGUCGUUAAUGAGACGCUUUCGCAAAGCGCAUUGCCUGCCGAGCAAUAUCAGGGGGAAAGUGUGACAGUGGACUCCUUAGAAUCGAUCAGCCAAGAUUGUCAAAAGCCCAAUUCGAUGGUCGACCCCGGACACGAGCCCGUGGCUGACGCCGCGCCGAAGUCGUCAGAAAUACCUUCGGAAAUUCCCUCAGCUACUGCACAUAUUAAAGACAGCUUAGGACAAGCUGCAUUCGGCAGCAGUGAAACAAGUUUUAAUGUUCAUAUAAACACACCAAAAUCGGAAGAAGUAGCUGCCGACCCUUCGACUACGGCCAGUGAACCAACGCCAAUGCAUGUGUCAUCCGCUGAUCCAAGCGCUUCUCCAAAAACAUCUGCAACGGAUCCUAUUUUAAGCGAACAAGUUGAUAAACAGGCCCCGAGCCCGAGCGUUAGUCAACCCUCAGUUCGCAAAGAUGCACCUCUGACAACCAAGAUUUCGCAUCUUGACGUAACCGAUCCAAACGAUCCAACGGAGCCUAUUUCAAGCGAAAAAGAUGCUGAGCCCUCGACUCAGCCAUCAAGUACAGAUGAAAUCCUAACCGAUGAGACUGAUCGCGCGAAAAUGCUACUCGGGGAAGAGACUUGUGUAUCGACAACUACAACAACGGCAACAGCAACAAUUAAGGAAAUCGCAAAUGUUGAAAUCGAAAGCGCAACCGAAAAAUCGACGCCUAGCACCACAGUGGCGACCGUCCGCCAAGAUGUGGUGCCAGACAAAGUGGGUGGUGAACAGGAACAAGUCGCGACGGCGUCGGAGUCGGGAAUUUCCACGUUAAUUAACUAUAACGAAGGUCAAUGGUCGCCGAAUAAUCCUGGAGGAAAAAAACAGUACGAUCGCGAGCAACUUCUGCAGCUGCGCGAGGCAAAGGCCUCGCGUGUACAGCCCGAGGUGAAGAAUGUAUCGAUUCUGCCACAUCCGAACCUAAUGCCAUUGUUUAUGCGAAACAACAACAACAACAAUAACAAUAAGCGUGUGCAAUCGAUGGUUGGAAUGAUUGGAGGCAAUCGGAACAGCGACUCGGGCAGCAAUUUUGCUGGCAAACAAGUCUCCAUGUCCGGUGUACAAGGCAGAAGCAGCAUGAAGGGCAUGAUCCAUGUGAAUCUAUCGCUUAACCAAGAUGUCAAGCUCAAUGAAACCGAAAAUGCCUGGCGACCGCGACUUGCAACCAAACAGGACGGUGAGAACAGCUCCGAUAUCAGGACAACUCAAGAAAAGGACGAUCUUGUGCGGCGGGUGCGUGGAAUUCUUAAUAAGCUAACGCCCGAGAGGUUCGAUACCCUAGUCGAGGAGAUAAUCAAGCUAAAGAUUGAUACACCAGACAAAAUGGACGAAGUGAUUGUUCUUGUUUUCGAAAAGGCCAUAGAUGAACCAAACUUCUCAGUUUCGUAUGCCAGACUGUGUCAUCGCCUCAUUAGCGAGGUGAAAGCGCGAGACGAGCGAAUGGAAAGUGGCACCAAAUCAAAUCUGCAACACUUUCGCAACGCUCUGCUCGACAAAACUGAAAAGGAGUUUACGCAGAAUGUCUCCCAAGGUGCAGCCAAAGAGAAAAGGCUGCAGCCCUUCCUAGAGAAGAUUAAAAAGUGUACGGAUCCCAACGAAAAGGCUGAACUGGAAGCCCUUUUGGAAGAAGAGGAGCGGAAGAUACGCCGCCGAUCAGGCGGUACAGUGCGCUUCAUUGGCGAGCUCUUCAAAAUAUCUAUGUUAACUGGCAAAAUCAUUUACUCUUGUAUCGAUACACUGCUCAAUCCUCAUUCAGAAGACAUGCUGGAAUGCCUGUGCAAGCUCCUGACAACAGUGGGCGCAAAGUUUGAGCAGACGCCGGUCAAUGCCAAGGAUCCUGGUCGCUGUUAUUCACUUGAGAAGUCAAUUACCAGAAUGCAGGCAAUAGCUAGCAAAGGCGACAAGGAUGGUGCCAAAGUUAGUUCGCGCGUACGCUUCAUGCUCCAGGACGUUAUUGAUUUGCGUAAAAAUAAAUGGCAGACCUCGCGCAACGAGGCGCCCAAGACAAUGGGACAAAUUGAAAAGGAGGCUAAAAACGAGCAAUUAUCGGCACAAUAUAUUAACUACAGCGGAUCAAUAUCUUCGUCCAUCCCCAAUGGACCGCAGUCGGGUUCCGGUUCCGGUAAACGUGACGAACGCAGCAGCAGCUCUCGUUUCGGCGACUCGAGAUCAGCCGGCGGCUAUGGUGGCAGUCACAGUCAGCGCGGCGAUGGCGGCGCCAACAUGCGCCAUCAACAGUCGAACAGCGGUGGUGGCGGUGGUAGUGGCAGCGGCAACAAUAGCGGCGGCAAUAACGCUCACUCCAAUGGAAACAAUGACGAUAAUACGUGGCACGUGCAGACUAGUAAAGGCAGCCGCUCUCAGGCUGUUGACAGCAACAAACUUGAGGGUUUGACAUUACAGCUCAAUCAGAAUUUGGAUACCAAAAAGAUGGGUGGAGUUAAUCAAUUUAUUUGGAAUAACAAUGCCAAUAGACAAUCCUCAACGCCAACGACAACGCCUUCCAAUUCAUUUGCCGCGCUCUCAUCGUUAACAGAUAAAAACAGCACCGACAGAGACCGCGACAGAAGCGGGCCCAGAAACAAGGGCUCAUACAACAAAGGCUCUAUGGAGCGUGAUCGUUAUGGUGACCGAGGCAUGCACUCGCGAACUGGCUCGUCACAAGGCUCACGGGAAAACUCGUCGUCGCGCGUUGGCCAAAAUCAGCAAGGCCGCGGCAUGAUGAACUCUUCAAUGCAAAAAUCUGCUAGUCACUCAAAGUAUACUCAACAGGCGCCGCCGAGCCGGCAUUCCAACAAGGGUCUGGGUUCUGGUUCGUUAAGCAGCUCGGCCGGGAUAUACAGGGGGAGCGAUCAGCAGCCUUUAUCAAGUGCCUCAAUCUCUGCUGUUUCUGCUUCUCAACCUACUAAAGGCGUUGCACCGCCAGCAAUGUUUAUUGAGCCAAGAGAAAACGAUCUGAAGCUCUUCAAGUCCGUCGUGUCGGAAAUGAUCGAACUUGCGGCGGGUUCCAAUUCGGCCAGUCCAACGGUUGUCAAGUGCAUAAAACGGAUAUCAGAGCCCCAACUGUGCGGCUUUUUGUUUUAUAUAUUAACUGAUUAUUUGCAUUUAUCGAAUGUGGGUAAACAAUACAGAAGAUGCCUGGCAAUCACAGUUGCCCAACUUAUGCAACAGCAUUUCAUGUCUGUGGAUCACUUUAAACUUGCAUACAAGGAAUUUAGCGAGUGUGCUAACGAUUUAAUUGUUGAUAUUCCUGAGUUGUGGUUAUAUAUUAUUCAAUUUGCUGGUAAGUUCUCAUAUAUUUGUCUAUAUCUCUAUAUAUAAAACUGUUUGUCCUGA